UAUUUUCCAAGACAUAAGCGACUUGAGUUUUUAAUCCGGGACCUUGUUGCAAAUUCAACAUGGCAGCCGUCUCGAGGUAAAAUCACUUACAAACAUGAAGAUUGAUAGAAAUAAAUUAAAGAAGUCUUCGACAGAUGUGCCUGCUGACUGCAGAGCUCAUAUAGACAGGCUCAAGAAUGCAACACAAGAUUCCCUGCUUACAGAACUAAAUGCCCUGAAAAAUUCUACAUUUGUCAAGUGUGAACUAUACCACUGGGCAGAUGUGCUGGAUAUAUUUGAUGAUGUCCUGGAAAGGGCAUGUAAGAAAGAGACUGAGAAGUCAUGGACUCUGGCCUGUGACUUGCCAGAAAAUGCACAACUGAAGAUGUUACUGUUACAAGUUCUCAAUUUCACAUCUACACUUAUAGAGCAUAGUUUCUCAAGGCAUAUGUACAAUUCAAUGGAACAUUUGACCACACUUCUUUCCUCGUGUGACAUGACUGUCGUGCUUGAAGUUCUAAAUCUUCUAUAUGUGUUUAGCAAAAGAUCAAAUUUUAUUACAAGACUUGGCUCAGAUAAGAAGCAAGGUUUGAUUGUACACCUGACCCACCUUGCAGAGAGCUGGGGUGGCAAAGAUAAUGGGUUUGGACUUGCUGAGUGCUGUUUGGAUAUUCCAAUAUCAAGUUUUCCAACAAGCGCAACAACGCUCCACUUCGAAUUUUAUCAUGAAAAUUCAGAGGAGAAAAAUUCAAGAAAGGGUACAUCAAAUAUUAUUACGUCUAUACAUAUUGAAAAUGUGGACCAGUAUGAGCAGUUACCAUCGCAGAUUAUGGAAGAGCUAGUCAGUAAAUACAGAAUACCAGAAAAUAAACAGACAUUGUUAUAUACACACAUCAGACUGGCGCACCUUUUCACAAAACAUGAAUGUAGGGUUCAGUGUGUACAAGCGAGGUUACAGUCUAUAGCUAUUCUAGUGUACUCAAAUGCGAUGCAAGAAAAUAUCAACUCACUGUUAUACCCUGGCUUUAUAGAGGAACUUGUAGAUAUUGUAGAAUUAAAGAAGGAAAAUCUAGUGGAUAUUAAAAGUGCUGCAUUGAGAACUUUGACUUCAAUAAUACAUCUUGAAAGGAACCCAAAAUUGACCAAUAUUAUAGAUGCUACGGGAGCGGCAUCUUAUCAUGGCUUCCUUCCUGUACUAGUCAGGAAUUGUAUACAACACAUGACAGAUUCAGAGAUGAAAGCUUUUCCACAGCCCUAUGCAACUGCCUUGUUCUCGUUCCUCUACCAUUUGGCAAGCUAUGAAAAUGGUGUGGAGGCGUUAGUGUCCUGUGGUAUGAUGGAAUCUUUGCUCAAAGUGAUCAACUGGUAUGGAGAAGGUCAUGAUCACAUAACUUUUGCUACCCGUGCUGUUCGAGUUGUGGACCUGAUAACAAAUUUAGACAUGGCAGCCUUUCAGACACAAGGUGGAUUACAGGCAUUUAUAAAUAGAUUAGAGCAUGAAGUAAGUAUCUGUCGCCAAGUUCAACCGUUUGAAAUCCGUCCAAAUCGUCUCGACUCAUCCAUGGAUUUACAGCCAGAGUCGCCUCCUCUUGCCAUGGAAACGGAUGCUGUGAGCCCAGAACAAGCCGGUGAUUCUCAAUCAAUGGAAGACCAGGGAACUAGUGUUGAUGAACCACAGCCUUCUACAUCUACAGGUGCUGCUGCUGGUGCUAGUCAGUCAUCUCUACCAGAUUAUUCUGCUGCAAAAACUGGUCGUCAGUGUUUUCCUCAGAGGGCUGCACUAUUGAAGUCGAUGCUAAACUUCUUAAAGAAGGCCAUACCAGAUCCAUCGUUUUCAGAAAGUAUGAGGCACUUAAUGGAAGGGUCUCUACCGAAGUCGUUAAAGCAUAUUAUAAGUAAUGCUGAAUAUUAUGGACCAUCUUUAUUUCUCCUAGCGACCGAUGUGGUUACAGUGUAUGUAUUCCAGGAACCGUCUCUCCUUUCCUCUUUACAAGAUAAUGGUCUCACUGAUGUUGUUCUUCAUGCUCUUCUGAUCAAAGAUGUACCAGCUACAAGAGAAGUGCUAGCCUCGUUACCAAAUGUGUUCAGCGCCCUCUGUCUUAAUGCUAGAGGGUUAGAGUCCUUCGUCAAGUGCCAGCCAUUUGAGAGACUAUUUAAGGUUUUGCUGUCGCCAGACUAUUUACCUGCUAUGAGAAGGCGAAGAAGUGCUGACCCGUUUGGGGAUACAGCGAGUAACCUUGGUAAUGCCAUGGAUGAACUGAUGAGACAUCAACCCUCUCUACGCAUAGAUGCCACAAAGGCAAUCAUUCGGUUGUUACAAGAGGUGAACUCCCUGGGUAGGGACAAUAUGUACAUAUGCCAGAAACCUCAGCCAAAGACAGAGCAGAUGCUCCUCAAUCUACGCUCACCACAGGCCCAAGAUGGUGGCUCAUCUGAUGAAGAGGAGGAGGAAGAGGAAAUGGCACCGUCAGGAAGUUCACAGGCCCAACAGGAAGUGGAUGCAUCCGAGUCCAAAUCUUCUGAACCUUCUGGGAGUUCAACUACUGAGAGUACUGACAAACGUGCCAUACCGUUAAUGGAUUACGUACUGAAUGUGAUGAAGUUUGUGGAGGCUAUUCUCAGUAAUAACUCAACAGAUGAUCAUUGUCGGGAAUUUGUCGGACAGAAUGGUUUACCAGAACUGAUGGACAUUCUUGGUAUGCCGAACCUUCCCAUUGAGUUUCCAGCAUCGCCAGCCUGUCAGGCUGUUGCCAGUGUUUGCAAAGCUAUUCUGACGCUAUUAAGAGACCCUAAAGUGCUUGAAGAAGGUUUGAAAAAGCUGAAUACAGUUCUUGAGGGGCUUGAACCUCUUCAUCGGCCCCUUGAUGGACCAGGAGGCUCGGUACUGCUGAGGGAGCUAGCAAGUGUAGCCCAUAUACCAGAUGCUACACUAUCUCCAAAUGCUACACCGCUACUACAUUAUCUUUCAUCAGCUCAUGCCUACAUCAUGAUGUUUGUUCAUGUCUGUAAGAUGGGACAGACUGACAUAAGGACUAUAUCUGUAAAUCAUUGGGGCUCGGAACUAGGAUUAGAGGUUCUCUCUGGCCUCAGUAAGUUGUACACGUCCUUAGUCUGGGAGAGCACGGUGCUCCUAGCUUUGUGUAGUGAGGACAUUUUACCUGCCAACAGCGAAUUUGGACGAUCAGAUAUGAGCAAGUUGUUACCGAAAGACUUCAAAAAUGAGACGGACAGUAAAGAUGAAGAGACCGCAAUGUCCCGAGCUUCCGUCAGUCCUGGCAGUAAUGGAGUCAGCCAAGCCAUGGAGUCUCUGUCCACCUCGGAUACUCCAGUAACCAUGGAUACAGAAGAAACAACACCUAGCGACAAAGACAGCAAGAAAUCAAAAUUGUCCCCAGCUUUACAGGCACAAGUGAAGCAGCUCAAACCAUUGCUGACUGUCUCCUCAAGAUUAGGACGGGCCCUGGCUGAAUUAUUUGGUCUCCUUGUGAAGCUAUCUGUUGGAGGAAGGCUGAGACAGAGAGGGAACCAGUUACCACCUACAAUGCCAAUAGUCCCAACUCCUGCAGCCCAGUCUGUAGCCAAGGCUCUCACAAAGCUGCUUACUGAUGGCUUGAAAUGGGAACCACCUUCCUAUUCUCCACAUCCUAAACUAAGGUUAACAUUCCUGGUGUGUUCUGUUGGGUUUACUUCCCCAAUGUUGUUUGAUGACAAGAAACAGCCUUAUCAUCUGAUGCUACAGAAAUUCCUGUCAUGCGGUGGGCAAGAUGCUCUAUUUCAGGCAUUUAACUGGGCUCUCUCCAUCAACGGACAGGUAUCAUUGGACGAGGGCCUGGAAAACCCAGAUCUACCAGUUGGUACUGGAGAGUUUCUUGAUGCUUGGCUGAUGUUGAUAGAGAAGAUGGUGAACCCAAAGACGGUGCUAGAAUCCUCACACCAGCUUCCUGCUAAAUCCACUCAGCUAGGAUUUGUACCCUUUGAUCCCAUUCAGUUUCUCAUUGGAGCUCAAAAGGCUGCUUUUAAUGCAGUGAUGAACUUGUGGAACAAGAAGCCAUUAAAGAUGUAUGGAGGUAGAAUGUCAGAGUCCAUACUUGCUAUAAUGUGCCAUAUCAUCAAGGCUGAAGCUGUGAUAAAUGAGCAUAUGGCUAAGGUGAAGCCUGCAACCAGCGAUGUGGCUUCUGCUAGUACUUCCAGUAGUAGUGCUACAGUGCCGGGAACAAGUGUUGUAGGGCAGCCAGUACCAGCGACGGGAAUAUCGGCGUUGUCAGGGGCAACAGCUGCAGCUGCACCAGCAUCAUUGAGACCAGUCAAUGACUCGCAUGUAGAUGCUUUGAUGGAAAUGGGAUUUACAAGGAGUAGGUGUGUAGAUGCAUUGUUACACACAAACACACUGGAGGAGGCUACAGAGUACCUGCUCACAUCUGAUGGUACCAGUAGAUUCUCACCACAACCUGUUCCUCCUACCAUGACAAGUAUGGAUAUGAAUGAGGAUGAACAAAUGUUACAGGCAAUAGCUCUAUCUUUAAGACAAGAUACAGAGGGUGAGAGUAAGACGGAGGACGAGGGAAAGAAGAAAGAAGAGGAGGAAAAACAGGAUUCUCAGGAACCACUUGAUAAAUCUGUGCUGGAUGACUUCACUGAGAAACUUUUCCCAGGCUGUCUCACAUUGUUAGAUACGCUCCCGGAGACAGUGUACAGAGUUUGUGAGUUACUUAUUGUUGUCACACAAAGGAACGGUCAGGAAUGGCAGAACAUGGUGCUAAAUACACUGGUGGCAGAGGUGAAAACGUUAGCUAAGAGUAUAUUGUCACUGUCUUCUAUGUCGGACACUAGUAACAAGACUGCUGAGACAGAGGCGGCCAAAUUUGCUGUCAGGAUUCAUCUCUUUAGUCUCCUGUUUGAGGAGACUAUGAUGCCAUGUGCAGAAGCAGUAGAGAACAACAAUCUCACAGAUCUGCUAGUACAAGUGAUGAUGGCCGGUAAAGAUUAUCUCAUGGCAGUGAAAAGUGUUAGCACCCCCAAGUGGCUGGCACCCCUGUUACUUCUCCUGGACUUGUAUGAGAAAGUUUCUGUCAUUUCAAAAAGGAAAGCUGAAGCCGAAAAAACUUUGGCUGAUUGUCACACAUGGAAAUGGUUUGAUGACACUAGUGGACGUUGGUGUAAGUACAGUGCUAGUAAUAAUAAGACAAUAGACGAUGCAUACCAGGCUGGUGAAAGUAGUGUCAAGUUUACAGCUGGCAGGAGACGUUAUACUGUGUACUUCAGUUCCAUGGUUCAGAUAAAUGAGGACACGGCUAACAGGCGUCCGAUCAUGUUGACGUGUCUGUCACAGUCGGAAGUGAAGCAGUCUAAUGAGAAGAAAGAAGAGAACACAACAGAGAACCAGUCUACAGAAAGCAAGAUGGACACAGACUCUGAGAUGCCGUCAACUAGUGCUCAGAAAAAAGAUGCUGUUGUUGUACAUGGCCUUUCUACAAAACAAAUAUCAAACAUUAUUAGUUCUAUAGUGAGUAUGAUAGGUGUACCAGUUGAGGCGGAGACGUUACACGCAGCAUUACGACUUAUUUUACGUCUUACGAGGGAACACAAAUAUGCACUACAGUUUGCUGAACUUGGUGGACCAAAACUGUUACUAGGUCUGACACAAGCCUCGGCUUUUCAAGGGUUCUUGUCACUCGUUACACUGAUCUUCAGACAUAUUUUAGAAGAACCCUCGUCACUUAGAUACUGUAUGGAAAAGGUUAUAAAGAGUACAUGUUCUGGGGCUGGUUCUAGUCUUAGUGGUGUGUCACAGAGGAGUGUUGGGGCCAAAGAAAUGCAUUAUGUAUUGCGUGUUUUGGGACCAGCUGCCUGUAGAAAUCCAGCUCUGUUUUCUGAACUGGCUCGUCAAUGUAUGAGAAUAGCUCUUCCACCACCAUCAAAAAGAGAUGAUGAUGAAAGUAGGCUAACAGGACCUAACUCCCCACAGAUACUCAAAUGUGUGUCUAGUGAUCACCAAGCCACAUCUUCCACCAUACAGUCUCCAAUGAAACUUGUCAUAGAAAGUCUUAUGGAUGCUUUGAUUGUUAAAUAUUCAUGGAAUACAGAAGAUGGUAAAUCUAAUGAUACUACAGGAAAGGGUUCACAGAGUUUAGCUGAAGUAAUUGCAGAUGUUGUCAAUGAAUUAUCUGAUAGACAGUCUGAAAUAACACGACAAAACAGCACAGCAGAGAUGUUACAGGCGGAUGAUGACACGCAGACUGGAAGUGAUGGUGCAGCUGAAUCACUGAAGACCAAAGAGAAUAAUGCUGCUGAAAACAAGCAGGCACAGCGACCAUUGUUGACAAAGUCGUCAGUUUUACGCAUGCUGUCGGAGAUUAUAAAAUCGUAUUGUAACUGCACUCAGCUUAUAACACAGCAUAUGUAUCAUUCUGGACAAUCUGAGUUGAUAGUAGAGGACUGCACGGUAUUAGGUUUUGUAUUGGAUCAUCUGUUACACCCUCAAGGUAAUGUUGGCGACGCAGACUGCCCGGCACUCAGUCGUGUGUUCAUCGCGAGCAUAGCUUCGUGUAAUCACAGUCCUGAAGCUCAGCUUGCUCUGGUUAGUGAAGUGAAAUCAGCAUUACAGAGAGCUCUCAAUCUGCCGGAGAGUUCGGAUAAACAUUCCAGGGUGCAGGCAUUGACCGGCAUUAUAAGCACAAUGAUAGAGUCAUGCCCAACACAAGGACAAAUCCCCAAUCAAGUGUUCAAAGGACAACAGAAUAUUAUGAAUAGCAUAGUAAGAAACUUAUUGAAACGUGGAUUAGUGACUGAUUUAGCACGUAUUCCGUAUAGUUUGGAUUUAUCUAGUCCGUACAUGGCGGCAACUAUUAACGCCGCUCUGAAACCAUUGGAAACAUUAACACGUAGUGUUAACAUGAACAGUCAGAAUGUGUCUGCAAAACAGAAAACAAAGUCUAUAGUGGAAUCUGCAGAUGUUCCAGAAGUUAAUACUUCUACCCCAAAUACUCAAGAGGUAGCGUCGGCAAGUUUAGCCGACACUGGUAAUACAAGUGAGGUACAGAUAGAGGAAGUUCUCAACACGCAGGCCGAUGAUCUAGAGGAGACUCACCAGGAUAGUGUUAUAGAACCGACGGGAAACGAACCGUCCGAGCUGGAUGACGUGCUGGAUGACCUUCUAGAAAGGGAUCGUACCACAAACCCCGAAUCUCAGGUCAUGGGAGAAAUAAUUAUGGAAACUGAUCAGAAUCAGGAACCAGAUGUGCUGGUAGAUGUUGAUAUAGAAGAAGGAGAGAUAGAUGAUCACCAUGACUCACAAAUGAUCAGUCAGAUAUUAUCCGAGGCUGACCUUGACAUUAAUGAUACAAGUAACAUGGCUGACCAUAUAGACGAAAAUGAGGAAACUGCUGAUAGUUGUUCAGACCCGGAUGAUGAUGAUGAUAAUGAUGGUGAUGAUGAUGAUGACGAUGAUGAAGACGAUGAUGAUGAUGAUGAUUGUGGUGUUGAUGAUAACGAAGAUGAAGAUGAUGAGGGGUCAGAUAUGGAGGCCGAUAACUUUGAUUUUCAGCCAGAGAACGCCCCAUUUGGUCGACCUUUCAAUGAUCACUUUGUAAUACAUGCUGAUGAAAUGUUUGGUGGUUCAGGUUCCAAUUCACAGCAUGUUGUGUUCAAUGCUUUAGAUAAUGGCCAUGUGCGUACCUACCAGAUGCCAAUAUCACUCCAUGAUAAUGAUAACAAUGGCAAUGAGACUUCAGCCCCUAGUUUGCCACCAGCACCGAGCAAUGUUACAAUGAUCCAUCCUCUACUAGUGAGACAAUCAGAAGCGGACUCGACGCGGCUCCAGAGAUUACAGAGACGGCAGCGUGGCACGUGUAGAUAUAACCCUCUCUCCCAGACCAUUCACGUCAACUUCCCACGUCCACCGAAUCCACCAGUUAUAUUGCAAAGGUUACUGGGUCCACAGACUGCUGCAGAAGUAUUACAGUUAACAAACACUAUGAACACCCAGGCUGGACCAGCACAUACUAGAGUUGUUCUCUCCAACAAUGACCUGAGAAUCAUUUCUAGACAGGAUGAGGACAUUCUAGAGGAACUAUUUCAGGACUCGUACCCACCGGACACUGGAGGUGGCAUGGGUAUCGGGACCCUAUCCAGCGUGCCAAAUACACUAAACAGGUGGACAGAAGAGGCCAAAGUUUUGGAUGGGGACAGUAUACACGAUUGUAUGGCAGCUAUAAAACCAGAAAUUAUUGAGGUUUUGGAGAAGAAACGUGAUGAAGAGUUGGCCGAGAGGAGAGAGAAGAAAAAGAAGGCAUUAGAAGAAGAAGCUGCUAAGAAGUUAGAGGAACAGGCCAAGAAAAAUGCUGAACAACAGAAAAUGGAGGUAUCACCAGCAACCACAAGUAUUCUACCUCCAGUGAGUACAAGUAUACUUGACAUUAGCAACAUCCCUCUACCUGGUGAAACUACAGCAGUAUCUACAAGUUCAACAACCACCACAACACAACCUGGACAAAUUAGUGCGUCAGAAGCUGCAGCAGCUGCUGAAGUCAUUGCUGAACAGAUGGUUGAAGAAGCAUUAGCUGUUAGUACAGCUGUAACCACAUCUGAUAUUCCAACUGGAUUCCAAGUAAUGAUCCCGUCACCCCCAUCACCAGAUGUGGUCGAGUCCAGUCAGGCAAGUGCAUUACAGAGGUCCCAAACGACAAGAAAUCCUUUGUUGUCCACUCCGAUGCUCGUUCCGCUGCCAACAGCUCUACAGUUCACAACUCCGAUUUCGGCUACCCGUCCAACAGUAUCUAGUAUAUUUGCACCACCUACCAUGCCAGUUCCGAAUCCAUCAUUUCCAGAACAAGUCACACCCUCUAGCGGACAGCCUCUUCCCGUGUCAAUGGGACUUACGCCAUCGUCAAAUUCUUCCAGUCGAAUGUCAGAUCAGUUUCCGAACUUGACGAUGCCUCAGUUGACACCACUUGUGUCACCAAUACCAUCAGGGCUUGUUUCUACGGUAACCACAAGUGGAUCUUUCAGUAAUGUACCCACAGCAGCACAAUAUACUCCUGCCUACCAAAAUAUACCUCUCAUUACACCUAUGGCCCCAAGAUUGGACAGGUUUGGAUCAGGACAGCAAGCAACAGGGAACAAUCUGACAGAUAUUUUCCAGUCCUAUCUGCGUAAUUCAAUGUUUCCUCAAACACCAGUAACAACAAACGAGGGAGGGACGGGAUCCUCUAAUCUACAAAUGAGCCACCUUGCAUCAUUGUUGCUGACAGCGGAUGCUGAUGAAUCCCAUGAUGCCGGAACUGGCCCUCGUUCUGGAAGUACAGGUGGAGCGCCACCUAGGUCCGAUAUUGAAUCAGGAUUGAUAACUCCAGAGGACAUAUCCAACAUUACAAGCUCUGAUGCAGCGACUGUGCAUUCUUCUACUUCUGGGAGUCCACAGGAGAUAAGUGCUGAUCGUUUAUUAGCCAAUCUGACAUCAAUAACAGAUGGUGCUACACCAGUCUCUACACUCGCAAGCACCCAGCCUUCAGAAUCAACCCCACAGAGUAGUCAACCCUCUGCAGGUUCAAGUGCUGGUGAAGGCAGUGAAGGUGGUGUCCCUGAAGGCUUGGAUCCAUCGUUUCUUGCUGCACUUCCUGAAAACAUCCGAGCUGAGGUUAUAGCUGACCACUUGAGAAUGCAGCGUAUACAGGCUCGAACUCGAGAACAGCAACAGAACCAGACUGCUGGGGGGAUGGAGGUCAACCCAGAGUUCUUGGCUGCCUUACCACCAAAUAUUCAGGAAGAGGUAUUAGCUCAGCAGCGUAUAGAACAAGAACGUCUGGCUGCACAGACAAAUCCAACAACAAAUCCAGAGACACCUGUUGACCCAGCUAGUUUCUUUGCGACACUACCGUCGACACUGCGCCAGUCUGUGCUGGCCGACAUGGAUGAUAGCAUGAUGGCUGUACUACCAGCAGACCUCGCUGCUGAAGCUCAAACUUUGAGGAGAGAGUUGGAGGACCGUCAUCGUAGAAUCAUGCAAGAGAGACUAUUUACACAACCAGGAUCUGGUGGUUCUCUCUCUUCUAUACUCAGACAUGCAGGCACGAUUAGAUGUACACUUGGUCGUGGUCCUAGAUCUGGCCAAAAUUGGAUCUUCGGUGAUCGUGGAGGAAGAGAAAGUAUGGCAUUUGCUAAUACAUUAAAAUUACGGGGUAGACAUUUACUAGAUCAUGAGGCUUUAACUUGUCUUCUUGUAUUGUUAUUUGUUGAUGAGCCAAAACUGAAUACUGGCCGAUUGCACCGUGUGUUAAGAAAUCUGUGUUAUCAUGGCCCCACUAGGGUAUGGGUACUGCGAGCAAUGUUAUCAAUUUUAAGUAGAACUGCUGAAACGAGAGUAGAUAUUGAAGAAAGAAUGAGAACUCCGGAGAAAGGGAAAGGAAAAAAGUCUCAAUCACAAAGUGCCAUGGUGACGGAGGGACCAGGCAGUAGUAAGAUGGAGUCGAGAAGCCAGGGACCAUGGUUAUCAAUCAGUCUGGAGGCAGCAUUAGGCUGUCGGGCAAAUGUCUUCCAGAUUCAUAGAGCCAUGGGCAAGAAACACUCGUCUAGUGGAAACACUUGUGUGACAAUCCAUCCUCAGGCGUCACCGAUAGUGUGUCGCCAUGUACUAGAUGCAUUGAUCUCUUUAGCUAAAAUGUUUCCUAAUCAGUUUUUACCAUCUAAGGCAAAGGAAGUGCAAACUUGUGAUAAUGAUAAGGAAAAAGAGAGUGAUAAAACAAAAACUCCAAUGACCUCUGCAACUGGGGCUACCCCCAAAGUGAAAACUAUAGAAAAGCAGGAUUCUAAAUCGGAUAAUCGUGACACUGACUUUUGGGAAUUACUCGUGAAGUUAGAUUCUUUAUGUAGCAGUAAAAAAGGAAAAGGUAUUCAACGAACUCAUAGCAAUGUAAAUAGUGAACAAGAUCCAGGCUUUAAAGAAUUUGAUAGUUCUCCGCUGGGUCAAUUAAUGGCAAUGUUGUCUCAUCCUGUGAUAAAACGUAGUCAGCUUCUCACUGACCGUCUACUGCGUUUAUUGUGCUUGGUUUCCGGCGGUCUGUCGGAGAGUGAGAGAAGUUCAGGGGCUGGUACCAGUAGUCAGGCUCGUGCCAUUGAAAUAAUGCCAUCUAUAAUUACACGGCAAGAGAAUACAGCAGCAGUUGUCCCUCCACAACCCACGGCUCAGGCACCAGGUGGAGCUGCCAGCACGGAGGCUACUAGAAGUACUGGAUCUGAGACAACGCCAGCUGCUGCCAACAAACAAGAGAAGAAAACUGAACAAACUGUACAACAGAAGAAAGAACCUGAGAAGGUAGUGGAAGAGGAUCCUAUCUUAGAGAACCAGCUUAGUAUGGCUGUACAGGUGCUUAUAUCCAAGUCAUGCUCGGAGGAGGGUCUUGAAGAUGCUACCAAUCUACUGCUGCAGUUGUCCUUCGCUAAUACUGCCACACGAUUGUCAGUUCUCAAGUUGUUGCUGGCAGGUGCACGUGAACUCGGCCUUACUGUAUGCUCCCACAUCAGGAUAUUGUUGGACGAUUUGCACCAGUUAAACAAGUUAAGCCCAGAUGUUGAUUCAGAUGAAGGCAAGGAAAUGGACACAAUGUCAACAAGUACGGGUAGAGGAGUUCUUCAAGACAGGUAUUCUGGACAUGCAGUGGUUGUCGUUGCUCCUAAGAAAAUGAAGAGUGGUCGUGAGCUACAGGUCCCGUCAAUGUCGGCAUUAACAAGUAAAUCUUCUAGUCAACAUUUCUUCCUGAGAAUACUGAAAGUGAUCAUCCAACUUAGAGAUGCCGCCAGAACUGCCAACAAGAAGAAAAAAAUAGGAACAGGUACUACACCAACUAACCGUGACCUACGUCACCUAGGUGAGGCGAUGGCACUGUUAGAGGCCGAGGCUGAUGCCAUCAUGCAGUUUGUGAACAAUCGGAGAGACGGUACGGCUGCCGUACCACCGCCAGCUGUAGAGCUCAAUUUACGUGAUUCUGACAACAAUACACCUGACACCCCACAUGUACCACCAGUUCAUGGUUCAGUUGGCCUGGCUGCACAACAGAGGGACUCUCCGGAUGAAGAAGUUGUUGCACAGGGUCCUCCAGCAGCAGGGGCCACUGGUGGGGAUACCACUGGGGAAUCUCCAAUGGAAACAGAUAAACCAGGUACUUCCUCCGAGACAGAGGCAACAAAGACUGAGGUACAGUUACCCAGGCUCAGUGAGCAGAUUGAUCUAGAAGAGUUGUGGUUCACACUAGGGGAAUGUUUAACAGAGUUAGAUAAAACACCAGAUCAUCAUGCUGUACUUAUUCUACAACCUGCAGUAGAGGCAUUCUUCCUUGUACAUGCUGGUGAGAAAGAGAACAAGGUGAAGGAUAAUAAGCCAGUGAAGAGAGAGGAUCAACUUGCACAUCUCAACAUGGACAUGCCUCCCUCACCUCAACCAGCACCCUCAACAUCAACCUCCGAUGUUCCAGCUCUAAACAGGGAGAAUUCAUUACAGACGUCUGUGUCCAACCUACCUCCUGAUACACAGAAGUUCCUCAAGUUUGCUGAGACCCACCGUACCGUUUUAAAUCAAAUUCUACGACAGUCGACAACACCACUUGCUGAUGGACCGUUUGCAGUGUUAGUAGAUCAUACUCGUGUUCUUGACUUUGAUGUAAAGAGACGUUACUUUCGGCAAGAACUAGAGAGAUUAGAUGAAGGCAUACGUAGAGAAGACCUCGCCGUACAUGUUCGUAGAGAACACGUGUUCGAAGAUUCCUUUAGGGAAUUAUUUAGGAAAACAGCUGAUGAAUGGAAGCACAGAUUUUACAUUGUGUUUGAAGGUGAGGAUGGACAGGAUGCCGGUGGUUUGUUACGAGAAUGGUACAUCAUCAUCGCACGUGAAAUCUUCAAUCCCAUGUACGCCUUGUUCAUCACGUCACCUGGAGACCGUGUCACGUACACGAUCAAUGCCUCGUCACAUUGUAACAGUAACCACCUUAGUUACUUUAAGUUUGUUGGUCGGAUUAUUGCCAAGGCUAUAUAUGACAACAAGUUGAUGGAUUGUUACUUCACAAGAUCUUUCUACAAACAUAUUAUUGGUGCUGCUGUCAAGUACACAGACAUGGAGGCAGAAGACUACUCCUUCUACCAGGGUCUUGUUUUCCUGCUGGAAAAUGAUGUCAAAGAUCUGGGAUAUGAUCUCACAUUCAGCACAGAGAUCAUGGAGUUUGGUAUCAACCAGGUACGUGAUUUGAUACCUAAUGGACGUAACAUCAACGUUACAGAGGAAACGAAGUACGAAUAUGUUAAACACGUGUGUCAGAUGAAGAUGACUGGAGCCAUACGUCAGCAGCUGAGUGCCUUCCUUGAGGGAUUCUACGACAUCAUACCAAAGAAACUGAUCGCCAUCUUCAAUGAGCAGGAGUUAGAAUUGUUACUGUCGGGACUGCCCACUUUUGAUAUAGAGGAUCUGAAGUCCAAUUCAGAGUAUCAUAAAUACCAGUCUAAUUCCUUACAGAUACAAUGGUUCUGGCGCGCUCUGAGAUCAUUUGACCAAGCUGACCGGGCACGGUUCCUUCAGUUUGUGACGGGCACAUCUAAGGUACCACUACAAGGUUUCGCUCACUUGGAAGGAAUGAAUGGCACACAGAAAUUCCAGAUUCAUAGAGAUGACCGUUCCACUGAUAGACUGCCUGCAGCACACACAUGCUUCAACCAGCUUGAUUUACCAGCUUACGAAACUUACGAUAAAUUAAGACACAUGUUACUUCUUGCUAUAAAUGAGUGCUCCGAGGGAUUUGGUUUGGCAUAAUAUCUACAUGGUGGUGGAGAUAUUGAGAUAUCUCGUACAAGAAACAAACAUUGUUAUAUAUGGUAGAUCUGUAAACGCGGUAAAAUUCAUCAAAGUGAGAUGGAAGUGAUGGGACAAUGAACUUUUGAACUUUUUGUGAUUUUUUUUUCCUCUUUAUUAUUCACAGCUUUAGUUGCGAUUUGUUUAGGGUUGGUUACAUUGUUAAAAUUGUUUAUGAAGCUGUUACUAAAGCUGAUAAAAAUUGACACAUUUAGAAGAAAAAAUAUAUCUUUUUUAUCCAAAAAAAAUGGUGAUACUUUUCUAAUGAAUUUUCAGUAUGAUUUCAGUUCAAAAAUGAAAUGAAAUUGCUUUUAAAGACAAAAUUUAUGUGCAUUUAACUUCCCAUUAAGAUGUAUAUAGAGUUAGAGAAUCAGAUGGUUAUAUUUGGUUAUAUUGUGUACAUAAUGAAAUUUAGAAUAACUAAUUCUGUUAAUAUUUUUUGCUUCUGAGUAACCAUUGUAGCUGGUGAUCAGACAAAUUAUUACAUAAAGUGGUGACCACAUAAAUUCACAUAGACUAUAGCAGUAUUGUGUUAUAUGUGAAGAAAACAUUGUUUCAUUUUAUUUGUGUAAGUAAAGACAUGAUACCCUAUUGUUCAGUCAAAAAUGUUGAAAGUUAAAAGAGUCUAUUUCUAAGAGAAAUUAUAUUCUUGUGUUUAAAAAAAGACCGCUGUUCCACUAUUAAGCCUUACCCUGCGGAAAGGGAAUGUGAUCAACCUAUGCUAUGCCACCAGUACAGAGCCAGGCCAGCGUGCACAUCCAUGCUGUCUGCACAGGCUCGACACUGGGCUGACUUGACUAGAUUUUUUUUUCCGGAUUAACAAUGAACAGUUCCAAAAAAUGUAAGCUGGACGAAUCCAUUUAAGAAAUUAAGCAGGGUAGUGUUUAUUAGUUCAUAAAGAAUAGUCUAUGGUUUUGUUACUGAUGUAAAUAUCAUUUUGUAUAAUUAUGAUUUGCUAAAAUUAUCUCCCCUUUUUGUGAACAAUCUGUUGUUUUAUAUUGUUUGUUUUUCGUUUUUCUUGUGUUAUACAAAUAAUUUGUAUUUAUAUUGUUUCGUACAAUGAUUGAAAUUUCAAAAGAAAGUGCUGAUGAUGAAGAUGAUAAAAAUGAUGAUGAAUAGACUGUACUGAAAUAUUUUCUAGUACAUAUAUUAAUAUUAACAUUUUUGAAUGUUUGUUUUGUGCUAUAUUUGUUUUUCUUUAUUUUUUUUUUAUUUUUAUGUCAUAUGAUAGCUUUUUUGUUAUAUAAUUUAAGUGCUAUACAUGAAUGGCAGGUGAAAUGGCUGUUUAUAUAUUCAUUACUUGUAGAUGAUCAUUUCUGGUCUUAAGAGACAAACACUUGCAUUACAUAUAAAAAGCCCGUUUAAUCUUGAUUAAAAUUAAAAUAUUAAUGACUUUGCACUUUUUUUCUGGUAUGCAUUAACGUGAACGUAUUAACAUUUAUUGAGACAAUGUGAUUCUUUGAGCUUUUAAGAUAUGCAUUCUAGUAGUGCUAGCCAAUAACAAUUGUGAAUUUCCAUUGCAGCUAAAGUUUCAAAUUCUUAUUGUUGGAAAUGAAAUUUGCAUGGAAGAAAUAUAAAAUUGAAUCUGUAUGUUUAAAGCUAGUUAAUACCACGAAUUCCGUGCAAUCAUAGAUUUCUAUCCUCGUAAUGUGUGUUAGAAAGUGUGGGGUCUAUAUUUUUUCACUAUAACAGCUUAUUGUAUAAUAUAUAUACAUCUUAAAUUUUGGUGCAAACAUGUUUUUGAUUGUUUUCUAUUUAUUAGAAAUUCACAUUUACAAAUGAGCCGUGUCACGACAAAACCAACAUAAUGGGUUUGCGACCAGCAUGGAUCCAGACCAGCCUGAGCAUCCGGGCAGUCUGAUCAGGAUCCAUGCUGUUCGCUAUCAGUAAAGAAUGUUAUAGGGUCUGUAAGCGAACAGCAUGGAUCCUGAUCAGACUGCGCGGAUGCGCAGGCUGGUCUGGAUCCGUGCUGGUCGCAAACGCACUAUGUUGGUUUUGUCGUGACGCGGCUCAAAUUACAUUUAACUGUUACUGACACAUGUAGCUAAGGUUUGUUUGGACUAUUCACCUAUGUGAUGAAAGCUGGAUUAAUAUUUACUACAAUUACAAAAUGUUGUUUCUUUAUUUUGGCACUUUUUGUUUGUUAAAUGUUUGUUACAAAUUCUGCAUUCAUUGCUAAGCACACUUGUGCUGUAUAAAUGUAUUUAUCCUUCAUAUUGUAAAUAAAUCAUGUUUGACAAGCAA